AUGAAGUUGCUUAUCCUGUGCGGUUUAAUCGCCUUGGCCUUUGGUCGUCAGGGUUUUGGACCCGGAGAACAGGAAUGGGGUUACGUGACUGUUCGUGAAGAUGCUCACAUGUUCUGGUGGUUGUACUUGACCACCGCUGAGGUUAAGACUUACGAAGAGAAACCUUUGAUCAUCUGGUUGCAAGGUGGUCCAGGUGCUUCCUCCACCGGAUACGGAAACUUCGCUGAAUUGGGACCUUUGGAUCUGGAUAGGAAGCCUAGGGAUUUCACCUGGGUGAAGGAUGCCAACGUUUUGUUCAUCGAUAACCCAGUUGGUACCGGAUACAGUUAUGUUGAUAGCGCCGCUGCUUAUACCAGGGAUAACAAGCAAAUCGCUGAAGAUUUGGUUGCUCUGAUGAAGGGAUUCUAUGAAAAGAUGCCCAGCUUCAAGACUGUUCCUCUUUACAUCACCGCUGAAAGCUAUGGAGGAAAGAUGGCCGCUGAAUUUGGUUUAGUCUUGGACAAGGCUAUCAAAGACGGAGAAAUCGAAUGCAACUUAAAGGGUGUUGGCUUGGGAGAUUCUUGGGUAUCUCCAAUUGAUUCAGUCCUCACUUGGGCCCCAUACUUGCUUCAUUUCGGAGCUGUUGAUCAAGCUGGUUAUGACAAGAUCGAAAGCGCCGCUCUGGAAACCAAGAGGCUUCUGGAAGCCGGACGUUUCGUCGAUGCUACCGACAUGUGGAGGGAAACUGAAUACGUCGUAAUGGAUGUCACCCACGAUGUUGACUUCUACAACGUUUUGAAGAAGAUCGGAAACGGAUACAGCAAACAUUCUGGUAAGAUCAUUGCCAAGCCAUCAGCCAGGGAUUUGGAUGAUGUGAAAUUGGACAUUUUGAUGAACGGAGAUGUAAAGAAGGCUUUGGAUUUGAACGUGCGUUGGGGCGCACAGAGCGGAGCAGUCUUCAGCUACUUGAGCGGAGACUUCAUGAAGGCCAACACCGAAGUCGUUGAACAAUUGCUCAAUUCGACCGACAUCAAAGUGUUCGUCUUCUCCGGCCAAUUGGACUUAAUUGUCGAUACUCCCGGCACAGUUCUGUGGGUAGACCGUCUCAACUGGGCGGGAAAGAAGCAAUGGGAGACGGCCAAGAGGAACGUCAUUUCCGUUGAAGGAAUCAACGAAGGUUACCGCAAGGAAGUCGGAAAUUUGGGAUUAUACUGGGUCAACAGAGCAGGUCACAUGGUUCCGGCCGAUAAUCCGAAAGCCAUGGACUUCAUCUUGAGGAAACUGACCAACGAUUACGCAGCGUAAUCCUGUUCUCAAAGAUGUCUACAAUUUGAUACACUUGAACGGAAAUCGGAGAGAUGUGCUUAUCUCUAGCUCUCUCACUUCAUUGCAAUUAAACUAUUUAUAGAUUCGA